UGUGGUAAUAAAAAUUUUGCAUUCAGGAAAGUGUGUCAGAAAUGCAAUACUCCAAAACCUGAAGAUUCUACUGGGUAAGUAUUUUAUAGUACAGAUAAUAACAAGCAUUUUAAUUUAAUAAGAUAUUAUCUUCAUUAACAUUUUUGAUAUACAUUUGCGCUUAGACUUUCUCAGCUCUAACGCAUUUUUUUUUUCUUUCUUCCAAAUAUAACGUAUUCAUUAAAAAGUUGAUAGAGACAGUGAAAAUGAUACAGUAUGUGCUCAGUUGGUUUGAGUCAUUUAUACACCCCUGUAUUGCAAUUAAAUUUACUGCACUUAUGGACUUAAGGCCUAUGUAUUCUAGCAUUCCCAGGGGUCUAAUAAUGUUAAAACCCAUGUUUAGAGGGUCGUGAAUAGGUUUUCAUGCUCAAACUAUAAAAAUGUUCGAUUUAUACAAAAAUUAUCCUACUUGGUAGACCUUCACUUACCACAAUAGUCUGGAACUAAAUAAGCGCAGUAAACAAGGGAUGGCUGUAGACCAUUAUUUGAAUUUACAUUUUUAAAAGUUAUAUUUUCAAUUCUCCCAUUUGACACAUUUUUUAAAACAUUUGUAUUUACAGAGAUGGUUCAAGUGGUAAGUAUCUCUACAAUCAUUGUUUUCAAAUAAUUUAUCAGUAUAUGUAUUCAGUGGUAGUUGUUUUGGUAUUGUAUGAUCACAUUAUUAAACUCUGUCUAUUUUAAUAUUUUUUGUGUGAUUUAAAUAAUGAAAUAUAAAUUUAUUUCCUACUUUAGAAAAACCAAGAGAAGCUCCAUAUAUUCCCCCUACACCAUCAGAGAAAGAGGAGGACAUAUUCAGCGGCACUGUGCAGAAGGGCAUUAAUUUUGACAAAUAUGAUGAUAUACCUGUGGAAGUCAGUGGCAGGGAUCAGUGUGGAUUUAUUAGUACUUUUGAUGAAGCUGGACUCUGCCCAACAUUUAUACGAAAUAUAAGGCGUGCCAAAUAUGAGAGACCAACUCCUAUACAGAAGUACGCUAUUCCAAUCAUAACUGCUGGUCGAGACCUAAUGGCAUGUGCUCAAACAGGGUCGGGAAAAACGGUAACUGCUUUUUAAAGCUUAGUAAUUAAUUUUGCAGCUUUUUAAAGUCAUAUUGAAGUUUAUUUAACAAUUUUUUUAUUUGUUGUUAAACCCCAAGCAUAAUCUUUGUCUUAAUUUUGUUUAAUGAUGAUUUGUGGAUGAUUUUUUUUUAAAUUCAAAGGUUUUCUUCUUUUUAUCAUUCAAAAGGCAGCGUUUAUUCUCCCGGUACUCACAGCAAUGAUCAACAGUGGUCUAACAACUGAUCAGCAUCAAGAGGUGCAGUUACCUCAAGCAAUUUGUGUUGCUCCUACCCGAGAGUUGGCUCUGCAGAUCUACAAUGACUGUCGUAAAUUUGCUUACGAGACUGACAUCAGAGCAGUUGUUUUGUAUGGUGGGACGUCUCUUGGCUACCAGAUGAGGCAGGUUGAAAAUGGGGCACACUUUGUCAUAGGAACUCCUGGUCGAUUGUUGGACGUCAUUGCUCGUGGAAAGGUUAAAUGGCUUUAAUAUUGAAGUUCUUAAUUUAUAUUUUACAUUCCUGUAAAUAGUUUUUCUUGUUGUCAUGAACUUAUUGAAACAAGUAGUAUUAAAUUAUAUACUACCUUUGUCUUAGAAAUAACUUUUUUGAUUAUUUACCUUGCAGAUAAGCCUGGCUUCGGUUCAAUUUUUGAUACUUGAUGAAGCUGAUCGUAUGCUAGACAUGGGUUUCGAACCAGAUAUUCGUAAAUUGGUUCAAACCAUGGGUAUGCCACCAAAAACAAAGCGUCAAACACUGAUGUUUUCGGCAACUUUUCCUGAAGAAAUCCAGAAGUUAGCAGGAGAUUUUCUUAAUGAUUAUUUGUUUGUUACGGUUGGCAGAGUUGGUGGAGCCAAUACAGAUGUCUCCCAGAAUUUCUUUGAGGUAGACCGUCUCCAAAAGAGAGAAGCCCUGUGUGAUAUACUGAGUGCAGGAGGUUGGUAUCUUUUUGUGUGUGUUGAAUUUAAUUACCCUGCUUACUGAGUUUCACUCUGAUCUGAAUUAAAGCAAGAUCAUAAAAAUAUGAAUAAAUGCAGACAUACUACAACCAAGUAUAAUAUUUUUUAAUCAACUUAACUUUGUUUUUUAAACUAAGAUUUGUUGCAAAAAAGAUCUAUAAAUGUCCUCAGCUGAAAAAAUUACCACUUAACCCAUUUAAUACGUUUCGCCGCAGUGUGCGUCACCGCGAUUUCGGCAGUGUAUGUUUAGUCACUCUCUGCGUCACCACUGGUUUGUUUCAUUUUAUUAGUAUUCCAACUUUUCCAUUCAACUAUUUUAUUAUAUAGCUUAUCAAACUUUUAUUCAGAAGAGUUCAACUUCCUUUUUGUUGAAUUUCAAACCGAUUAACCCACGUUUUGUGUAUUUUGUGCUCGUUUUUUUUUCCACUUAAAAAUUUGUAAACAAAAAACAGCAGAUUGGAAUGGCUGCAUCGAAUAACGCUGCUAGUUCUAGUCGAUCAGGAUUUCGAUCUAUGACUGCCGAUGAGGCAAGUAAAUUGAUUUGCUUGGAUGAUUCAAGUUCAAAUGACGAUAAAUCUGACGACAGUGAUAGUGAUUACGCAAAUUUAUUAUUUGAGGAAACUAGUGAUGAGGAAUAUAUUCCGACUACAAAGAGACAAAAAUUAUCCAUUGGAAAAGGGAAAGGAAAAAAAAAAAAUCAACACCAACUAGUCCUAGUUCAAGUUCUACUGAUUCUGUGGCUUCAAUUUCAAAGCAUAAUUCAUCUUCAUCUAAGACUAGUCAAUCUACUAGUUCAAAUUAUUUCCCUACAGAGACAGAGUGGUCCGAAGUCCUAACAGGAUAAACUGAAAACAAUUUCCGAUUUCAUCCCCUUAGAAAUCCUGGAGUUUGCCCUAAACUUCAAAACAUUGUAAACCCUACACCUAUUAACUUUUUCAAUGAACUAUUUGAUGAUAAUGUUAAAACUUACAUUGUUGAAUCUAUAAAUGACAGUGCUAAAAAGAAAGUUCACAUGAACACACCUGCACUUAGACGCUCUGUCUUUAGUCGAUGGGUGGACAUAUCAAGGCAGGAGCUAGACAAAUUUAUUGCUGUUCUCAUCUACAUGGGGAUUUAUAAAAGGCCAGCUAUUUCUGAUUAUUGGUCCAUGUCUGCUGAAUCCUAUAUUCCAUGGAUACACCAUGUAUUCAACAGACAGAGAUUUCAGGAUAUCUAUCACUCCAUGCUACACUGUGGGGAUGAAAAUUCCGAAGGGAAAGAUAAAAUUGAACCAUUUAUGAACUUACUCUUGAAUAAGUUUAGAAAUGCAUUCUACCCUUUUCAGAAACUUAGCAUAGAUGAAAUGGUAAAAGGCUUCAAGGGCAGAUGGCAAUUCAAACAAUAUAAUGCCACUAAGCCUAGCAAAUAUCAUAUAAAGACAAUUGGCCUGUGUGAUUCCUCAACGGGUUAUGUUGUUGAUAUUUUGACCUAUUUUGGGGCCAAUACCUCCUGUAACCCAGAAACAGAUAAAGAUAGAGGACAGGCUGUGCAAGUUUUUCAUACUUUACUGCAGCAUGUGGGUACUGGACACAAAAUUUUUGCUGACAGAUAUUAUACGUCAAGAAAACUUGUUGACUACCUUCUUGCCAAAAACCAAUACUACACAGGAACACUGAAUAUCAACCACAUUGGAUUUCCAUUGGACAUAAAAUCUUUAUAAACCAACCAAAACAAGAGCAUGCUCUGUGUUGCUUUCAGGGAUAAAAAGGCCAAAAAAAUAAGUCAUAUUGGUGUCCACAGAUGCUAGGGUACAAGUUACCGAAAUGAAAAAAAUGGAUAAACCGGAAAUGAUAGACAUUUACAAUCACAAAAUGAAUGGUUGCGAUAAGCUAGACCAAAAAGUAACAUAUUACUAUGUUUAUGAGCGAAAAACAUUGAAAUGGUGGGAAAAGAUUUUUUUCUGGCUGUUGGAAAUCACCCAGGUGAACUCAAUUUUGUUUUUACUCUGCCAAUCAGCAGAUGUAAUCAGAGUCAAAAUGAGUCUCAAACAGUACAAACUUUUGUUGAUGAGUCAGCUAACUGAGGAAGUAGCAUUAAAUCAAGUAGUAAAAGCACCAGGAAAGGGUCCAGAGACCGGAUGCCUAGAAAAGUCUAAUGAUGCACAGCACAUUGUGGAUUACGAUGAACGGGACCGAUUUUGCGCAUAUUGCUCAACUGCAACAAAGCGAGUACCCACACAUUUCUAUUGCACUGGUUGUGAAGCCAAACCCCAUCUCCAUCCUUAAGGAUGCUUCAAGGUCUUUAAUUUAAAAUAUAGCUUCAUUUGUGUAUAUAUUUAGUAAAUAUGUGAAAUAUGUGUAUUAUUUGAGUAUAACUAUUUUUGUUGAAUUUAAAAAAAAUAAUUUUUUAACACGUGUCUUGGGAAAGAAAUUCAUAACUUUACAAUUUCUGGAGCUACUGCAAUGAAACUUUCCAGUUGUUUUUGAUAUAUCAUAAGACUCAUUUAAAAAAAAAUAUGAAAUUGAUUGGAUUGUUACCUGAUUUCUGAGCUGGUGAGUAAAGAAAAAAAAUUUUUUUAAUAAUUUUUUACAUUAAACCUGCAAUUAUACCCCCCAAAAUUUUCUUUGGGAAAUUUUUUAUCACUUAAUUAUACUAGAAACAUAUUCCUGUUUCAAUGACCUACAUUUGGAUAUGCAGCAUGGUAUAAUUUUGAAAAAUAGCAUAACGGAGCUUUUCAAUUUAAAAUGAUCACGUCAAAUAGAAUUUUAUACUCAAAAUUUUACUGCGUUCCCUUAAAAAUUUGUGACGUAUUGAAUGGGUUAAGCCAGUUUAAAAAACAGAUAAAUCUAGAUAUACCCAAAGAGUGUGAAAAUGAAAAAGUAUUUUGCAAUGUAGGCAGCUUCAAAGCUCAAAAUUAUCAUUAGCAUGAUUUCUUUCCUCAAAUUUAGACGUUUUUCAUUUUUAACCUUUUUAUCCAUUUUGGCACGUAAAAACUAAUAACUAAAAUCUUAACUCUUUUUUUUUGCGGAAUUUUUUUAUCGAAAAAAUGUACAUUUCUUUCGAAGAGCAGAAGAGUGAGAAGUUGGGUUUAUUAAAAAAUAUUUAAAAUAUUAUUCUUAGGUUUAUAAGACUAAACUUGGUAUCAAAUGAAAGAUGAUUGAAUGGACUAUAUGUUUGUAAACUUAUUUCUUCAGUUUAAAUAAAAUAAGUUACAGAAAAGAACCAUAAAACGUGGGGGGAAAUUUAUGCUAAACAAUUUUUUCCCAAAACCCUAUCAUCUUCACUUCUAUAACUCAAAUCCUCUAAAACUUACUACUAUCAGAAUCAUGUGAUGGAUCUUAAAAUACAAAACACCACUUUGUUUAUGAUUUGUUUAAGGUGUCCCUGAUAAUUUGAUAAUUACUUGUUAUGCUUAAUAGCAACAUUAUUUCCAUAUUUAUCUAUUUAAAUGGUUUGUUUCUAGGUAGUGAAAGAACUCUGGUUUUUGUAGAGAUGAAAAGAAAUGCAGACUUUCUUGCAUCUUUCUUAUGUCAGUCAGGUUUUCCAACAACAAGUAUUCAUGGGUAUGUACAAAGAAAUUUUACCACCAGAAAGCAGAAUAUAUAUUUGUGACCACCGAUCUUCAUAUUAUUGCAGUUUUAUUAAAUGCUACCUUUGUAAAAGUCAUACAUAGGGGAGACAGUUCAUCGUUUUGGAGACUGUUUUAGAGAAUACCUCUACAUCAAUAAACAAGCCCUUACUUCUGAUUCUAAACAUUUCAGUAGUGUUAACCAUAGUGGAAUAUUGGACAUGGCAGUUACUGGUAUAUUUUAUGCGAGUAAUAAUUCUGAUAGAAUUAAUAUGGAAAAUAAUUUAAUAAAAAGAUUUGGUGUGUUGACUCCUCACAGUAUAAAACAUCUUCACAAUUUUACUCGGCUACAAUGUCUUUUUCCUGUUUGGCUUUUAAAUUAGGCUUCCACCCACUUUUUUCUGAUCAUUUGAGCUUUGUCUUCUUCGUUAAAGACUUUUGCCGAUUCUUAUUUUCUAUUAUUUAAUAUUUAGGUAAAGGUAGGAGAUAUAUAUAUUAUUUAAAUUAUACAUAUAUGAAUGUUUCUAGUUAUAUUAAUGAAGGCAUUUGCCGAAAAAUUUAAAUUUGUAUUGUGUGUAACCAUAUAAAAUUUAACAUACAUUGUUUUAUUUAAACAAAUUGUUUGUGUCUCAUUAAUCUACUUAAAAGCUUUUUUGAAGUCCAACACUUUUAUAAUUAGUUUAUUAAAUGCUAGGUAUUUAGGAAAAAAGAAAUAUAACCUAUAUUAGUUUACCAUUUGGAUGGUCCUGUUAAAUGUUGAAUGUUCAGGUUUUUUGGGGGGUAACUAGGUAAUGAUGACACCAAUUAUUGUUCAUCAUAGAAAAGGGCAAGCCCUUGCAUUUUAACAUUCCAACUGAAACAAAUGGCAUUUACCUAGGAGAGAGAUCAAUAUAGUGUUAAAAAAUCUUGGCUAUUUUUGGUUGCUGCUGUUCUCCAAAUGAAAAUGACAUAAAGUCUUAUAGCUCCAAAAUAAAAAAUUGCUUUUCACAUUUCUAAGAUUAAACAAUGACCACAUUUUUUUUCUUGACUUUGCAGAGAUCGUCUGCAGAGGGAGAGAGAAGAAGCUCUAGUUGAUUUUAAAAGUGGGAAAUCUUAUGUUUUGGUGGCCACAUCCGUAGCAGCACGUGGUCUUGAUAUCCCAGGUGUCAUGCAUGUGGUCAAUUAUGAUCUGCCAUCUUCAAUAGAUGAAUAUGUUCACCGCAUUGGAAGAACAGGACGUUGUGGCAACCUUGGCAAAGCAACAAGUUUUUUUAAUGCUGACACUGACCUUCCAAUGGCAGCACAUUUGGUCAGAAUAUUGAAAGAGGUAUGUUUUUAUAUAUUUUUUUAUGUAACCCAUUCUCACUUAAUUUAAAUGUGUGAACAAGGGGAAGGAUCUCCAAUUUUCAUUUUAACUAUUUUCAAGUUCCUAAAUAUCAAUUACUUAUUACAAACUAAAGAUAAAUGCAUGCUGACAUAUUAAAGGUACUGGUAUUUUACAACUGCAAGAGUGGAUAUGACAUGGACUUGAUUAACAGAAUGUUAAUGAUAGUAUUGAUUAACCCUUUACAGUCCGAUGCGCCCGAAAUGCGCCGAUUUUUUCCUUAAGCGUACAGUCCGUUGCGGCCAAAACCGCCCGUUUCGAGGUUGUUUACUUUCGUUCUUAGCACAGCGGAAAUACAUUGCUCAUUACUAUUAAUAGUUCUACCGGAAGAAAGCCUCGUUUCUGCCAUUAUUUUUAAUACCAACUUGAACGUGGUGCGCUUAGGGGCUCAUUUUCUAUGAUUUUUUGAAAAGUUGUGAUUUUUCGCUUAAAAAAAAAAUGGCUUUCCAAGCAAUGGAUAAAAUUUUGAAAGAGCUUAGGUCUAAUGAAGCUUCAUUAUUUCAUGAUUCCAGCAGUGAUAGUUAAGAAUCGGAUAUAGACAUUAAUGUAAAUGACGCUACUAGUGAUAGUGAUUCAAGUGGAGAAGAUAAUAGUAGUGACAUCGAUGAAAAUGGACCUAUAAUAACUACAAAUGAUCACACAGAUCAGGAAUGGUCUGCAAAUUUUUCAAGCAUCGAAUUGUUCCCAUUCACAGAGCAAUCAGGCCCUAAGCAUAAUUUGCCUGAGGAUGCAGUUGCCUAUGAUUAUUUUUCUUUGUUUAUCCCUGAUAGUUUCUACCAACACGUGUCAGAACAAACAAAUUUAUAUGCAAUCCAGAGUGCAACAAAGUGUGGUAAAAAAGACUCUUACUGGCACCCAGUUUGCUCCAAUGAGAUCAAGAAGUUUUUUUAUAUAAAUAUAAUGUUUGGGAUCCACCACAUGCCAGAAGUUGACUCAUACUGGUCUCUAGACCAAAGACUUAGAGUUCCAGCCGUAGCUGACAUUAUGGGUAAAAACCGAUAUAAGAAAAUAAGUCAAUAUUUGCAUCUAAAUGACAACAACAAUGCUGUUGCUAAGGGACAGCCAGGCUACGAUCCUCUAUUUAAAAUUAGACCCCUUCUGGACAUUAUAAUAAAAAACAGCCAGGAAAAUUAUUACCCAGGAAAGGAACUGAGCAUUGAUGAGGCUAUGAUAAGCUUCAAUGGGAGAUUGUUUUUCAAACAAUACAUAAAAGCCAAACCGACUCCAUGGGGCAUCAAAGUUUGGUGCAUAGCUGACCCCCGCAAUGGGUACAUGUGUAAUUUUAAAUUUUACACCGGCAAAGUAAAUGACCCAAUGCCACAUGGCAUAGGCCACCAUGUCAUCUUUACUGUGGGAGGACCAUAUUUAGAAAAGGGACACCAUUUUUACUUUGACAAUUAUUUUUCAAGUGUCAAACUUGCUGAGGAUUUGCUGAAUGUGAACACUCAUUGUUGUGCAACAAUCCGCACCAACAGGAAGGGGUGGCCACUACGCGCAGAAAAGAUGAAAGGUGGUGAUGUAAGAUGUUUGCAGAAAGGCAGGUUGCUGGCAACAACUUGGUGUGACAAGAGACAAGUGUCCAUUCUGUGCACCAAUACAGAGAGUGGUGUGGAAACUGUAAGUAGAAAAUCAAAGGAAGGGCCCAGAGAUGUUACUAUUCCUCAGCCCAUCCUCACCUACAACAGGCAUAUGGGUGGUGUGGAUUUGGCUGACCAGUACAGAUCCUACUACCCUGUAGGGAGAAAAUCCAAAAAAUGGUGGAGGUAUGGUCUUUGGUUCCUAAUACAAGUAGGAAUAAUCAACGCCUUCACUAUUAUGAAGGAGACCAUGAAACCCUCCACUCCCAAAAGAAAUAAUCCAGCCUCCAAUCAUCUCCAUUUCCGCCUAGACUUACUAUCAGGAAUGCUAAACUCCGUAGCUCAGCAGCUAAAGAGAAACACUGAUAUAGUUUCUGUUGCAGCAACAGCGCAGCCGUCAUCCUAUAAGCACGAGCAGAUGAGACUUUCUGGAAGGAAAAAGACGUGCCACUUCUGCAGCAAGACCGGCAAAAAAAACAAUAGUGGAAGAGCCCCAGAAACUGUUUUUGGGUGCAAUUUUUGCCACAUUCACCUCUGUAAGGGUGUGUGCUUUGCAGAGUUUCAUCAGAGACUAUAAGAUAGAAUAUAAUUUGAUUGACAGAGGACAACAUGCAGAAUUUAAAAAAAAAAAUUUAAAAUAUUUUUUUCUGGAUUUUUUAAUAGUCAAACUAUUUUGAUUUCACCUUCACAAUGUCACCCACAACAAAGUAUGUCCAUUUAUCUGUUUUUAGGUAUUUUUUAUUUAAUUUUAUGAUGUUUAGUUUAUUUUCUGUGAAUUAAUUAAACAAAAAACCUUGAUUUAAAAUAGAGUUAUGUCCCUUUGCUUGGUCGCAGGGAGUAGAAAAGGCUGAAAAGGCUUGGACUGUAAAGGGUUAACGGAAUCAAAAUGUGGCUCGGAGAAUCAAGGGUACAUAAAAAAUUACCUGUACCACCAUUACCAGUUCAAAGGAAAAUAGCUAUAUGUUGAAUCUUGGGAUAGUCGGAGGGUUUAACUUUAGACAGUUGUAGUGGAAGAUAGUUGAAGAUGUAGUGUUCCUAGUGCUUUGCAUUUGACAAAUAGGGGUAGAAGCCCAUUCUGUAACCACUGCUUAUUAAAAUUAAUUUUCUUGACACAACCCUCUAUAAAUGUGUAUUUUAAAAAGUUAACUGAUCUCCAUACACAUUAAAGGUUAUUUAGCUGUCAACAUCUGUGAAAAGUAUCUUGUUUUUUCAUUCAAGGCUCGUCAACCAGUGCCAGACUGGCUUGAAAACCAUUCUAGCGGUAUGGCAUCUGGUGAUGCUGGCAGUUUUAGUGGUAAAUUUGGUGGUAAAGACAUUCGA